AUGUUGGGAAAUUGGUCUCAAGGUGGUCCUCAAGGACCACCACAUAACUACAACAAUAAUUACACUGGCCCACCUCAAAACUACAACAAUUCUUACAAUGCUCCUGUACCUAACAAGACAUCUCGUCUUCCAAUAUGCUUCACGUGUGGUCAAGAAGGGCAUUACGUCAAGGAUUGUCCGAAUCAAAAUCAAAGUGGUCAAGCUGCUAUGGUUGCUCCUCAGACAACAAAUGUCAAUGGAUAUGGUGCACCACCCCAAACAAAACAGUGGGCAAACGCUCAAAAUGGUCAGAUGGGUUCCAAAUAUGCUCCCUAUGCUGGCCCUGGAAGUGCUCCAAUGUCACAAUUUACGGACCCUGGUCAAAAUUCUCAGUUCAAUGGGCCAAUGCCAUCUGCUCCGAGUCCGCUGUAUCAGCAACAUUCCACACCAAAUCCACAGCAACAGGGCCCUCCACAACAGGCGUAUCCUAAUCAACAACCAGUUGCCAGUGGAGCUAAUUACAAUCAUCCAUCUCAACAGCAACAUGGAUCUCAAGGCUACCAAGCUCCAUAUAAUCAGCAUCCCCAAUCUAAUUCACCACAACAGUAUGGGCCACCAGCUCACAGCCAAAAUGGCCUACAGUAUCCUCCCCCAUCCGCCUCAGCCACCCCCUUCCAGCCUCAAAAUAAUGGCUACAAUCAAGGUUACAAUAGCCGAAGUUCGUCAGUACCUCAUCAAAGCAACGGCACGCCAAAUCAUGGGCAAUGGAUUGGUUCACCGCCACUGGCGUCUCCUACCAAUGGGCCACAACAGCAGCAAGGCCAAUUGCAAUCAAAUCCUGGCUAUAACCGUGAGUUCAGGAGGUCCCAGUCACAACAAUCUCAGCAAAGUGAAGGUCGAAUGUGGGCCCAGCAAGGGGAAAGUCGGAUGGGGUCUCAGCAGCCUCAGCAGAGUACAAGUCGGGCGGCAUCCCAGAAUCCAUCGAUGGCGUCCCCAGAGUUGAAUAAACGCGGGCUGUACAUUCCUCGAUCCAAAAACACUACACUCACUGCCCCUUCCAACGCUUCUUCUCAACCCGCAGAGGCACCAAUACCUUCGAGAGCUUCAAGUGUGGCGAGUACACCCUAUGGCUCGCCCAGCUCAAGAGAUAACAUAUCUGAAUGGGAUGGUCAACCAGCCGUUCUAAAGGAAGACAGUCACCGGACUGACGAGGAAAAGCAGUUCAAUUGGGACUACAAAAAGAUCUUCCAAGCUGCAGGCCAAAGACACGAAACUGUUGCACUUGCCCAGCCUUUGGCUAAUAGAUUUGAUAUGACUCCAGUUCCUCUCAUCGACAAGAAAUCAACCAUCUCAAUUUCAAGGUAUGCAAGAAGAGAAAAUUUGAAGGAGUAUAGACAGAGCGUCAGAAAGACACCUCAAUGGCCAUACUUACAAGAAGAUCCAACUUUCCAGGAGCUAAAGGCUGGAGAUGAUGCAGUAUCCUUUCAAGAACUUGAUGCUUUUAUGGAAUCGAGGCAUGGCGAUGCACAUGUAUCUAUUGUAACUCGAAAGUCCACCGCUGCAAAUAUACCGCGCACCGGUAAGCGUAAGCCAAGCCCAACGGACCAAGAUGAUAUCGAUGAACAACUACAAGCUGAUAUUUCUACCCUGAAAAACAACAAACGCCAAAAGGUUGAUGACCAGUCAUUCAAAUCUGCGGAUGGCUUGCCUAGAUAUUGUGGUGAUAAUGCAUUGAACAACUCCCCACCUCUUGCUGAAGCGCCAGACGAUAUCUGGGCUCCUCAGGCGGGAGAGAGUGCCGACCCAACUGAGGCGUUACUGGCAUCUUUGGGUGUUUCUGGUGCUCCGAAACCGAUUGAGCCUGGACCUCCAGUCAUGAUUCCCGUUGAGGAUCUCCAGCAGCCUGUCUACAGUCCCCAGCAACCUCUUUAUGAAAGUCAGCAAACUCCCUACAAUCCUCAAAAUACCCAACACAACCAACAACCCACUUUCAAUGCUCAGCAGCAGCCUCCGUAUACUCAGCAUCCUCCUUUCAAUGCUCAACAGCCUCCUUUCAAUGCUCAGCAACCGCCAUAUCAUUCUCAACACCAGCCUCCACACAACCAACCACCCACUUUUAAUGCUCAGCAGCAGCCUCCGUAUACUCAGCAUCCUCCUUUCAAUGCUCAACAACCUCCUUACAAUCCACACCAAACUCCUUAUAACGCUCAGCAGCCUCCAUACAACCAGCAACCACCGUUCAAUGCCGAGCAACGGCCUUUCAAUGCUCAACAACCUCCAUUUGUUGCCCAGCAGCACUCUUUUAGUCCUCAACCACCUCCUUACAAUGCACAACCGCCUUAUAAUGCCCAGCGACAUCCUUUCAAUCCUAACAUGGCAGGUCAACCUUUUAGACAAGAUCCAAGCUAUGCCAAUGCUCGCCCUUCAAUUUCCGGACCCCAAGGCUUCAAUCACCAAAACAUACCCCCGCCGCCACCACCACCAAUUGAAGAGGAGCCUAUGUUCGAUCCGUGGCCAGAACACAAUGUUACGACAACACCACCUCCCCCUGAUCACACGGACAAUGAUAAGGAAAACGGGAAGAAGGACAAAGAGGGAAAUGCUGCACUGGAUUCUCCUUUGAGUCCCACUUCAUUAGAAAUCCUUGCGGAGAUAAAGAAGGAACCCGCGAAACCACGAAAAAUCGUCCGAAUAAUUAGUGGCAAGAAGAGCAAGGAAUUGUCGCGUUCAUCUGAGGAAGUCACUCCAAAACUCAAAAGAGCUCCACCAGUGGUCGAUGCAGCUUAUGGUCGCCGUUGGUAG